CUAUCAUCGGCAUUCAUCGGUCUGUUUCGGCUAAGUUCAUUUAAAAUUUCGGGCGUCGGCUUGUGAUGGACGACGAUUAUUAAAAAGGUGUUGUCUAAAACGGUGUUGUCUUGUGUUCACGUUUAUAACUAAAUCGAUUGAAACUUUUAACAAUUACAAUAGUAAAUUAUCAUCGGAAGAAAUUCAUAUGUGUCGAAAUAAUAUUGCAACGAGAAAUUGACGAUAUCAUGGAAAACAAUGAAACAAAUAUUUAUAAACUAACCUUCCCUGUCACAGUGUAAAACACGGGGUGUAAUUUCAAAACAUCGUUUUAAUCAUUUAUUAGAAAUUGUAAGAAAAAGAAACUAUCGUAUUCACUAUAAAAUGAAUUACGGGAAAAAAUCUCCUAGCAUGGGUACACCAUCGGUAUACUCGCACGUUACUACACGUAGCAGUGCAAAUUUAAAAUCUUCACGAUCAAUGCGUAGUGUUAAAACACGUUGGUAUCAAAAACCAAUUUUAACACAUUCACAUUUACUUAAUAUUCAAAGAGGCGCCAUGUUUACAGCUAUAUUUGCAUUGUGUUUAGCCAUUUUUACCAUUUGUACGUCUAUAUUUGAUCUUUAUUGUCUUUACGAAGCUGCACCAGGCUCAACCCAUUAUGGAUACUAUAUAAUAUCCUAUGAAUUUGUUUAUGUGGGCAAUCGGCAUGUACGUAACGCUCUUGUUGUUUUUGCUUUGUUCUCUAUGCUUGGUGGAGUGGUAGUGUUUGGAACAUCUGUGAUGUUGAUAACUGCUUUAAGAAAAGAAUAUGAAAAGAAGAUGGUACCAUGGCUCUACAGUUUUGCAGCUUUCACUGUCUUCAGACUUCUUGCUUUUAUCUUCUUCAGUAUAGUAAACGACAUGAUAUUUGCUUAUAAUAUUACAAUGUGUAUUUUGUGGAUGACAUUCAUUUGUUUUUCCACUUAUGGAUGGUUAAUAGUGUAUUCUUUAUAUGUGGAAUUAUGCGAUCUUACAAGACUAGAAGAUUUAGCUCACUUAAGAAUCGGGACCAUGCAAUCAUUGAAUGCAUCAACUACGCAGUCCAUUGCUGGUUCUCGUCCAACAACACCACAUAGCGCGGUAUCGGCACUGCCUACGAAUUAAGGCAGGAAAAUUUGAAUAAUCUCUACAUUCCAUCAAGUUGUGACAGUGUCAUUAUUUUCGUUUCAUCAAUAUGAAUAAAUACUUUACAUGAAAAUGGAAAGGAUACGAGACGAGGAAGCUGGAUAUAUGUACACGUACAUAUAUGGUGUUACGAUACUUGUUUAGCGCAAAGCGUAAUAUAUAUAUAUAAGCGUAUAAAUAUACAUUAAUCCGUCCGAUAACAUUGGGAUUCCGUCCAAAACUAUAAUAAAGCACGAGUUCUUAAGAGUAGAAACUCGCACGCUUGUAUGAAUAUUAACUUAGUAACUAUUUGUAACCAUAUUUAAUUUUUGUUAUAAUUAACACUCUUUUGCUAAUAAAAUUUGGAUAAACUUUUAAA